CGGCGGCAGUGACAUCGACAGCAUCGACAACUGCGACUACCACUACCAAGACAUCUAACUAUACAGCCAAGCUAGUUGAAUCCACCUCUACUACACCACCUAAAAAAGAGACUAUCAAAAGACGUUUAUCAAGCUCUAUGGAUAGUCAUCGAGACAAGAAACCAGCUCCUGCCAAGCCCUGUAAAUCAAUUACUCAUUCAGAUAGAAUAGUACAAGCUGAAAUAGCACAAUACAGACCUUAUUUCACUGAACCAGAAUCAGACGCCAUGAGUAAAGACAAGCAUCUCAGUGUUGUCCUUGAAUACCCUGGAUCUGUUGAACCAGAAAACUUUCUUUUGCUUAAACCUGUCAUCAGGAAUGCAACAGGCAAAGGCUAUGACGAGGAUGAAGAAGACAAGGAUGAAUAUAACCCUAUCACGGACAUUAUGCGCACAGCUGAAUUGAUUUAUGAAUCCUAUCUUUUGCCUGAACAGCAGCAUUUGUUGGGUAAUCAAUCCCAUGGUAUCAUGCGUAAUUUGACAAAAUAUCGUAAUCGUCGUAAUGCGGCCGGGUUUGUUCAAGCUGUUAAGGAUUUUAAUAAGGUGAUACGACAAUUGAAAGCAGAAGGUGUGAUGAGUCAAAAUGCAAAGACUAUGUGCCACCCAAGCUAUGAUUUAGCCUGUCAUAUCUUAUUUCAAGUCUAUAGUCGUACAGUAGCACGUCAAGCAGAAGCAUUGAAUAACUACCAAGCCUUUUCAAAUAAUGUCUAUGGUGAAAUCAACCCUAUCUUGGUCAAGGAGUUCAUUACUAAAACAGGUCUUAAUUCACGCAGUGUAUUUAUGGAUAUGGGAUGUGGUAUUGGUAAUGUUGUUUUACAAGUAGCAGCACAAACUGGAUGUGAAGCAUAUGGUAUUGAGAUUAUGGAAACACCAUGUAAAUUUGCAAAAAGACAGCUAAAAGAAUAUGCAGCCCGUAUGAAAGCCUGGCGCCUUCCUACAGGUAAAAUUCAUUUUAGACAUGGCGACUUUUUAGAUGUUGCGGCCAAUGAUCUGUACUCUACCUUGAAAAGAUCAGAUGUAUUGUUAGUCAAUAACUAUGCUUUUGAUGCUGCUACCAAUCAAGCACUCGCUCAACUGUUUCUAGACUUGAAAGAAGGCACCAAGAUCAUUUCACUCAAAUCCUUUGUACCCAAACACCACAAAAUCAAUCAGCGUACACUGAAUAUGCCUGAAUCUAUUUUACGAGUAGAAGCAUUUGAAUAUUAUUCUGAAGCUGUGAGUUGGACAAACAAUGGUGGUCAAUACUAUAUUGCCACAGUGGAUCGUAGUCGCCUUGCACCUUAUUUUGAAGAAAUGUAUGGACGAUAAUAUUUAUUGAUUAAACUAUGACAUCCCCUAUUGUGUUGAUGAUGUAUGUUAAAAAGAGUGACAUAAGAAAGAAUAAGCCUGUAUUAUAGAAAUCACACCAACCAUGAUGUAUGCCUGGUUUACAUGUAUAACUACUGAUUUCAUAGCACAUACAGACACCAAAUAAUGCAGCCAACACUAAAUCAAAUAAGAUCAAUAAAAACCGUUUGAUUUGAAUUGAUUUUGUGAUAUAGAAUACACUCCACACAAUGGAUAACCAGCAUAUCACCCAACCAUAAUACAAUAGACCCAGUGUCUCAAAGGGUGGAGGCUCUUUUGAAUACUGUCAUCAUAGGUAAAUAUUGUACACCAUCAUGUUCUUACCGGUGAUGCACCUAUUUGAAAUCCAAAGGCACCUAUGGCUGCUAUCAAUUGCCAUAUACGAAUACACCAUUGAAUUAAGCUUGAUUUCUUCUUUUCCAUUUU